AUGGAUCCGUCGCGGCUCCUCGUGCCUCUGCUUUGGGUGCUCUGCCAGGGGGCUCGGCACGCAGCUGCUUGGGAUGCUCAGCCGGGCGCCGUCGACAAGCUGCCCUCCAGCGCCCCCUGGCCUCUGCGCAGGUCCAAGCGCUGCUCCUGUUCUUCUCUGGAAGAUAAGGAGUGCGUCUACUUCUGCCACUUGGACAUCAUCUGGAUCAACACGCCAGAACGGAUUGUGCCCUAUGGACUCGGGGGCCCUUCUCGAACCAGACGGUCACUGGAAGACUUAACUGUUGCUAACCUGGAAGAGACUCGUGACAGAUGCCAGUGUACUAACAUAAGAGACAAGAAGUGUAGGAACUUCUGCCAGAAGGGAAAACAACAAUGGACCCAAUCUACAAGACAGAAGGGCUGGAAAUCCCUUCAUAAAGACAGAGAUUGCAAAGGUCUGACCUGCAUGCACAUGCAGCUGGCUAACAGCAAGAAAAUGAGAAGGUUAGAGGCCAUGGGUAACAAGAUCAAAGCGUCCUUUAAUGCUGCCAAACUGAAGAGCAGACUGCACAAACGAAAACAGCUGAAGCAUAACCGAACGUAUAAAAAGCAAAAUGUUUGGGAAAGCCUAAAGAUGACGUCUUAGUGGAAAGAUCACCAUCCCUAAUCCUUGAGUAAUCACAAAUUACUGACAAAACAUUGCUGAAGCUCUGUUUUGACUUCUUGACAUUCCACUCCAGGAGAAGACCAUCAAGGAAUGUUGUUCUAAAUAUUAACUCUCAAAAGGUAAAGGAGGGCCC